GCGCGCCUGGUGGCGGUGGUGGCGGUGGUGGCGGUGGUGGCGGCGGUGGCGGCAGCGGCAGCGGCGCGAUGUUCUCGGCAGGAGCGGAGAGUUUGCUCCACCAGGCCAGGGAGAUCCAGGACGAGGAGCUGAAGAAGUUCUGUUCCCGGAUCAGUAAACUGCUGCAGGCGGAGGACUUGGGGCCGGACACCCUUGACUCCCUGCAGAGGCUCUUCCUCAUCAUCUCAGCCACGAAGUACAACCGAAGGCUGGAGAAGACAUGUGUAGACCUGCUGCAGGCCACUCUUGGCCUGGCCACGUGUCCCGAGCAGCUCCAGGUGCUUUGCGCCGCCAUCCUGCGAGAGAUGUCCCCCUCCGACAGCCUCAGCCUGGUCUGGGACCACACCCAGAACAGCCGGCAGCUGAACCUGGUGGCCUCCGUGCUCUUGGCCCAGGGUGAUAGAAAUGAGGAGGUCAGUGCUGUGGGCCAGGGCGUGCUGCGAGCACUGGAGAGCCGGCAGCCUGAGGGGCCCAGCCUCAGAUACCUCCUCCCCAUCAUGGCCAAGGUCGUGGUCCUCAGCCCGGGCACCCUCCAGGAGGACCAGGCCACCCUGCUCAGCAAGCGGCUGGUCGACUGGCUGCGCUACGCUAGCCUCCAGCAAGGGCUCCCGCACUCCAGCAGCUUCUUCUCCACACCCAGGGCCCGGCAGCCGGGCCCCAUCACCGAGAUGGACGGGGCGGUGGCCACAGACUUCUUCACGGUGCUCUCCACCGGCCACCGCUUCACGGAGGACCAGUGGCUGAACGUGCAGGCCUUCUCCAUGCUGCGGGCAUGGCUGUUGCACAGUGGCCCCGAGGGCCUGGGCACCCUGGACACAGAUGACAGGUCAGAGCAAGAGGGCUCCACGCUGUCGGUGAUCUCCGCCACCUCCUCCGCCGGCCGCCUGCUGCCGCCCCGGGAGCGGCUUCGGGAGGUGGCCUUCGAGUACUGCCAGCGCCUCAUUGAGCAGAGUAACCGACGGGCCCUGAGGAAGGGGGACUCCGACCUGCAGAAAGCUUGCCUGGUGGAGGCUGUGCUGGUGCUGGAUGUGCUGUGCCGGCAGGACCCGUCCUUCCUGUACCGAAGCCUCUCCUGCCUGAAGGCCCUGCACGGGCGGGUGCGCGGGGACCCGGCCUCUGUGCGGGUGCUGCUGCCCCUCGCCCGCUUCUUCCUGAGCCACGGGGAGGCAGCUGCAGUGGACUCGGAAGCCGUCUACCAGCACCUGUUCACCAGGAUCCCGUUGGAGCAGUUCCACAGCCCCAUGCUGGCCUUUGAGUUCGUCCAGUUCUGCAGGGACAACCUCCACCUGUUCGGCGGGCACCUCGGCACCCUCAGAUUGAGCUUCCCCAACCUCUUCAAGUUCCUGGCCUGGAACAGCCCACCCCUCACCUCCGAGUUUGUGGCGCUCCUCCCGGCCCUGGUGGACGCCGGCACGGCCCUGGAGAUGCUGCACGCGCUGCUGGACCUGCCCUGCUUGACGGCGGUGCUAGACCUGCAGCUCAGGUCAUCGCCGGCUCCAUCCGAGAGGCCACUCUGGGACACCUCUCUCAGGGCCCCCAGCUGCCUGGAAGCCUUCCGGGACCCGAAGUUCCAGGGCCUUUUCCAAUACCUGCUGCGCCCCAAGGCCAGCGGCGCCACCGAGAGGUUGGUGCCGCUCUACCAGCUGCUGCAGCCCAUGGCCGGCUGCGCCCGCGUGGCCCAGUGUGCCGAGGCCGUGCCCACGCUGCUGCAGGCGUUCUUCUCAGCGGUGACCCAGGUGGCUGACGGGGCCCUGAUCAACCAGCUGGCGCUGCUGCUCCUGGGCAGGAGCGACUCACUCUAUCCGGCCCCGGGGUAUGCGGCCCGUGUACAUAGUGUGCUGAGCUCCCAGUUCCUGGCCCUGUGUACGUUGAAGCCCUCCCUGGUGGUGGAGCUGGCAAGAGACCUGCUGGAGUUCCUGGGCAGCGUGAAUGGCCUCCGCAGCAGGGCGAACCUCGUCACAAGUGUGGUGUGGGCCGUCGGCGAGUACCUAUCCGUGGCCUACGAUCGGAGGUGCACUGUGGAGCAGAUCAACAAGUUCUUCGAAGCCCUGGAGGCCCUGCUGUUCGAGGUCACCCAGUGCCGCCCCUCUGCUGCCCUGCCCAGGUGUCCCCCCAAGGUGGUCACCGCGCUGAUGACCACCCUGACGAAGCUGGCCUCCCGGAGCCAAGACCUGAUCCCCAGGGCCUCUCUGUUGCUGUCAAAGAUGAGGACCCUGACUCAGAGUCCAGCCACCGGCUCCAUGCACGGCGAGCAUGGCGAGGAGGGUGCGGAAGCCAUCUGCACCCGGGCCACGGAGCUGCUGACCCUGCUGAAGAUGCCCAGUGUGGCCCAGUUUGUGCUCACACCCAGCACGGAGGUGUGCAGCCCCCGAUACCACCGCGAUGUCAACACGGCGCUGCCCCUGGCCCUGCGCACGGUCAGCCGGCUGGUGGAGAGGGAGGCCAGCCUCCUGCCGGGAUGAAGGGACAGCGGCCAGGGACGCCGGUGCAGAUGAAGAGGGCGAGGGAGUUCUGGGAGAGGAGGCAAGGCCCAGGGUGCGCUUGGCACCCUCAGACCCGUGGGGCUGGCCCCUGCUCACCCUCUGGGCUUUGUCUCCGAGCCUUUUUCUCCCGGGCAACGCUGAUCUGAGCUGAGCUGGAGCCAUGGAGCGGCUCUGAUUGGCGGCUGAGGCUCUGAUUGGCGGCUGAGGCUCUGAUUGGCAGCUGAGGCCCUGUGGCCGGGCUGGGUGGAGGCUGCUCGGGCUGUUCCCUAGUCUUUGUUUUUGGACAGUUUAGGGGCAGAAAGAGCUGCGGUAAAAAUAAAUCUCCUUUAAUAAG